CUUGCUCACGCUCCAACACCUGGUACUCUGCUUCACCAUAACUUGCCUCCUUUGGACUUGUCGCACAAAACGCCAGGUCUUUGCCUCUCCUAGUAAUGACAAAUUUACCCUCCCCUCCUUUAUAUUUCCGUUUUCUCCAAGCCUCGUAGUGAGAGCAAAUCCCAGGGCAGUGAAAGCAAUUGAAAAGUGGGCAAGUAGAGAAAAAGAAAAUUAAUUUGAAAUAUUAAAAAACAAUUGCAUAUAGCGAAAUGAAGAAAUGCGAGCUUUGCGAGUUUCCGGCGAGAAGUUACUGCCAAUCGGACGACGCCUGCCUCUGCUGGUAUUGCGAUGCUAAAGUUCACGGAGCCAACUUUCUGGUUGCUCGACACGCGCGCAGCCUCCUAUGCCAGAUUUGUCAAUCUCUCACUCACUGGAAAGCUAUCGGUUCUAAACUCGGCCGCGCUGUUUCCAUCUGCGACAGAUGUGCAAAUAGAGCGAAUCUUAGAGAACGAGAAGAAGAAUCUGAGGAGGCUAAUGAGGAUUUAAGCACUGAGGACACUGAUGGUCUUCCUGCCGAGGAAGAGGAGGAGGUGGAUACUGAUAGUCAGGUGGUUCCGUGGUCAUCUACAACGCCUCCACCGGCUGCCAGCUCUUCUUCUGCUUCUGCUUCGAAUAGCCAAGAAAGUGUGAGUGGAUUCACUCGUAGCGGUGGAGUGUUUUGUAAAUCUGUGAAUAGAAAAUCUAUGAAACGGACGCGUGAUAUUUGUACAGGUCUUCGAUCUAUGCUUCAGGACGAUGUCAACCGCUCAUCUUCUCAACGGAGGUACAGUCGAUCAGAGUUGACAACUCAGGCAGGUGGCUGUGACGGUCACGGAGAAGCCCUUUCUGUUGACUACGGCUUGUCCUUGAGACCUUUAAAAGGCCGGAGAACUGAAACAGAGUGCCCGUUUCAGGCUGGUUCGAGGUCUGUGGAAGGUUAUCGAUUAUCUUAAGAGACAUCAUUAUCUCAGUAACGGGAAAUCGGACGACGAAUCUGAAGCCGUCGAUGUUUAUUAACUGGGAUUAUCCUAGCCUAACGAAGAAUCUGAAUACGUUUGGAUUGACCCUUGCUAACUGCAGUCAUUAGUUAUGUUUUCUUGUGACCUUCAUUUAAUUAUGUAUUAAAACUAUUAAUUAGCGAGAUAUAUUAUUAUCCUGAUCUUUAAUUCUUAUAUAUCAUAAGUUAUUCAA